AUGUCUACCGAUUUCAAUGCAGUAGCAACCGAAUUUUGCAAUUUCUACUACAACCAAUUCGAUAGUGAUAGAACUCAAUUGGGAAACUUGUACAGACCAGAAUCCAUGUUGACUUUUGAAACCUCCCAAUUACAAGGUGCUAGAGAUAUCGUUGAGAAGUUGUCCUCAUUGCCAUUUCAAAAAGUUUCCCACAGAGUUUCAACUUUGGAUGCUCAGCCUGCAUCUCCUAAUGGUGACAUUUUAGUCAUGGUCACUGGUGAGCUUUUAAUUGAUGAAGAACAAAAUGCGCAACGUUAUUCACAGGUUUUCCAUUUGAUUCCUGAUGGAGGAUCGUAUUAUGUGUUUAACGAUAUCUUUAGAUUGAACUACUCCUAG